AUGCCCUUCGACACAAAUCUGCGCAAUACCUGCCUGUUCCUGUCCAUCUUCAUCCUCGCCUUUUUCCCAAACAUCUUCCACGUCCUCCUCCUCCCACUCACCUACCCGCUUUCCUGGCUGGUUCCCGACUUCUCGUCAAUACCGACGCCCAAGCUCCCCACCUGCGCCUGCUGUCCACCAGCAUCUUGCACACCGAGCACAAGUUCCUCCACAACCACAACGAUGUCCUGGACACAAAAGACCUUCACACUCCCUUCCAAAUCCCGCGGCUCCUACCUCAUCACGAACGACAUCCUCUCCUCCGUACCCGAAAUAAAGAACUACCGCGUCGGACUGGUACACCUCUUCAUUCAACACACUUCAUGCGCGCUCUCGCUGAACGAGAACUGGGAUGAGGAUGUACGAGCCGAUAUGUCCGACGCUCUCGACCGCAUCGUACCCGAGGAUAAGAAAGGAACGCUGUACAGACAUUCGUGCGAGGGACCGGAUGAUAUGCCUGCGCAUGUGAAGAGUGCGUUGGUAGGAGCGAGCGUCAGUGUGCCGAUUAGCGAGGGCAAAUUGGCGUUGGGAACGUGGCAGGGAAUUUGGUAUCUGGAGUUCAGGGAAGCUAAGAUGAGGAGGAAAGUUGUUGCUACGAUUCAGGGUGAGAAGUUUGAGGGGAAGUGACUUGCUGGAGAGAAAAGGGGAGAGCUUGAUGGACAAAUGGGGAGGCUUUGAGGUAACGAGAAGUUCGCAAGGAUGAGAGUGUGGACGGAUGCGAAGAAACGCACAUGAUACGGAGCCAUCGCUAGUGAUGGUCAUGAAGGGUGGAGUGUGAGAAAUGGAUUCUUGCGACACUGCUACAUUCAGGUAUUGUAGCUCCAAGCGAGCUCUGGAAGUCAAAGACCCGAAUAGCAAGAUUCGCCUGCUCUCAGCCGUGCGAUUACAAUACAAAGGCCCAGGAUGCGGCGCUGUCCUCGCGACAGCUGCAUGCGUAAGGCUGAGAACCAAAUCCCGCAAACCUCCCAGGCGCCUCCAUUGUAUCCCGAGCUGCAAGGACAGUUUGUCAGCGCGCAAGUCAUCAAAUGUCAAUGUCGCGGUCCUGACACCCAGAUAUUCCAUCGCAUCUUCUUGCGACUCUUCAUUCAAACCGGCAUCACCGCCCUCUCCCACCAUUGCCCUUCAAACAAGCCAGCCUCUGCUGUCC